CCAUAAAGGGCUCGCCGGCUUGUAAAUGUGUUUUUAAUGUUUGUGUGUAUUUAGCUGUCGCUUUAGUUCGGGUUUAUGUAGCCGAAUUGAGUCGGAGGAGUGGAUGUUAGUGUGGAGAUACUGAAAGACAAGAUUCAAGUUGCGCGUGGUGUUUUUUUCAUGUGUAAAAACGAGGUGGCUUGCGUCAGCGCGGCAGCGAGCACAAAGCCGACCCAGCCUCAACCAGACUCCGUGUUAAUAUCACGAGAUUUAAGCUGCGGACCUCGCGCACGCCACAGAUACCAGCUCUUAUUGUUGUAACCGAAAAAGCCUGCAGUGUGAAGAGUCAUCAACCCUGCCCCACGGAAACUACACCGAGGGGGGGAACCAGAGGAGGAGGAGGUGGAGAAGGAGGAGGAGGUUUGGGAAGACAGAGAGAAAGGUGCUGGAGGAGUGAGGGAGGACUGCACAGAGCAACUAUCCGUGUUGUUCCGCGUUUGUUUGUUCUGCAGUCUGUCCAGAGAAGAGAGAGACACACGCGCGCGCGCGCGCACACACACACACGGUGGGGUUUGUUUCUUUCAGGGCGCGACUAAAAGCUGAAACACCGUCAAUUCUGGAUUUCUUUAUCCGCUUCCUGUCGUCCAGGAUGAGGUUUAAACGGAACGGGUCCUAUACGCUAAAUAGGAAGUCGAAGACGAAGCCAAAUGGAAAGAAGCCUCCGGCAGAAGAGAAGAAGCAGUACUUGGAGCUAGAGUACACAAAAAUACGCGUGGUGGACUUUGACCUCAAGGAGCUGGUGGUGCUGCCCAGAGAGAUAGACCUCAACGAAUGGCUAGCCAGCAACACAACAACAUUCUUCAAUCUUAUCAACCUGCAGUACAGCACCAUCUCAGAGUUCUGCACUGGGGAUACCUGUCAAGCCAUGACGGCCUGCAACACAAUAUACUACUGGUAUGACGAGAGGGGGAAGAAGACGAAGUGCACUGCUCCACAAUAUGUCGACUUCGUAAUGAGUCUUUGUCAGAAACUGGUCACAGAUGAGGAAAUCUUUCCAACGAAAUACGGCAAAGAGUUCCCCAACUCCUUUGAGUCCUUGGUAAAGAAGAUCUGCCGGUACCUGUUCCACGUGCUGGCUCACCUCUACUGGGCGCACUUUAAAGAGACGGUGGCUCUGGACCUGCAGGGCCACUUGAACACUCUGUAUGCACAUUUCAUCGUUUUCGUAAGGGAAUUCAACCUGGUCGACCCCAAGGAGACCUGUAUCAUGGACGACCUGUCCGAAAUCCUCUGCACCCCCGCCCCACCACCCGCGCCCACUCCGGCCCCUUCUGCCCCCGCCUCAGCGCCCUCCCCCUCUUCACAAAACCACGUGACGGAGAGAUGAGCGGGGGGCGGCGGUCAGACAGCAGCCCCGGGGGUGAUAGAAGAUAAGAUAGAGGAGAGAAGGAAAGACAGCCUGGCCCCCUUCCUCGGUGCCAGCAGGACUUAGAGACCUUCCACUACCCUUAUAUUUCGCUACGACACCAACCAACCAGCCGGAAGGAAGGGGGGGAGGGUUUUCGGGGGGUUUGGGGUGGCGGGGAGGGGUUUGUCACGCCAGCAGGAAUUGGCGUGAGCGUUCCUCCCAGGGGCAAAUCCCUCCCAUCUUCUCUGCAAUUUAAACUAGGAACAAAAAAAGUAUGUGUAUGUUUUAUUUUUUGGUUUUAUUUCACUUUUAUUUUUGUUGAAGUUUUAUUCAGUUUUUAUUUUUUGUUGUGGAGGGGGGUGCAGCGUGUCCGUCGACCCUUCACCUCCCUCUAUCCUCUACCUAACAUACAGUACAGGAAGGGGGCUCUGCUUUGCUUCAACCUACUAUUGUACAGUGUUGUUGAUGUGUGGAGAAGAGGCGUCUCUGCUCACCUGCGGGCUCGUCCUUCCCUCCGCCUGCAGCGACGGGAGGCAGCCCGGCAGGGGCACGGCCACUACGCUGGCCAGUAGGGAGCCACGUUACUGCCUGACGGGGCGAUACUAGCCAAUCACUGUUUGGGUUGUUUAUGUGGGGGAUGAUUAAAGCGCUUCCUACUCAGGACCUGAGAGAAUACGUCACUGCUGCCAGAGAGAAGUCUCUCUUUUUUUUCAUUCUCUGUCCCUUGUUCACCAGUCCUUCAUAUGACAGAUGUGGAUCGUGUUUAACUACAGUAUAGUCACAUAUUCACCUGGUGUACCCCUAACAAACAUGUCCCUGAGCAGACCUGUAGAGGGCAGCAAACAUGAAGAGAACGCCACAGAAACAGGGAGACAGAGAAGAAAAUGUAAAAGAUUGUAUGUUGGAUAUUUAAUCUGAUCAGAGAGUUUGAGACAGACUGGUGCCCGUAUGAGUCAGAGUUGUUUGCUGGUGUUCAGCACAGCAGCAGCAGCCCCUUCAUCCACCAACACCGCCACCGACACCCACUCCAGCUGCACAGAAGGACAAAGACAUGAGGUAAUGUCUGCAGGCCCAGAGAGGCUGAGGUGGAGAUAGAAAGAGGGGUGGGAGUCGAGGGUGUGGAGCUGCUCUGCUGUUGAACGGUCACCAGUGCUCCCAGUUCAAAACUAAAAACAAAAAAUCUCCACUUCUGGUUUAUUGUUUCAACCUGUCCCCUAAAAUUUGCUUCUUUUUAAAAAGAAAAGAUUAUCAGAGGAAAAUUAGUUCAGAAAUAAUAACAAUAAUGGUAUCAUUACACAUGUAUAGAAAAUGCACAGUCUGCUUGGACUUUACUGUACAAAGAAUCGCAAGCGGGUUUUGUCAGACAUAGCCUCUGUAUGGAGGAGGAUUGGGUUUAUAAUUCUCCUUUUUUAUUUAUUUUAAUUUUUUUUUUUUUUUUUUUUUUUGCAGGGUUCUUCAGUUCUGGCUCUCGUUUUUAUGUAUUUUAAUUAUUAACUAAGUUAAAAGCAAUUUAAUAUUUUAAGCUCUGCGGAUUAUAAUCUAAUAAAAGAGAGAAAUGCCA